UCCAUCCUGGCAUUUGUCUCCAUCCUGGUCUCUCCGAAGUGCCCGGACCAAAAACAGGAAGCUGAUUAUGAACAGAGGGGAGGAUGCGUCUGGUACCGUGACCCUCGAUUCUGUGAACCCCGUCACCCUAACUAGAGACACCGACGGCAACAUCAUCCUCCACUGCCCUCAAAAUGGUGACGAGACCGUGCUGGAGGAGGAAGAGGAGGGCUCACAGCAGGUUGCCAAGCGACUGCGGCUGGCCAAUGAGGAGGAGGCACAGGAGGACUCGCAAGACUCCGCCCCUCAGUACUCCGUUGUCACCCUCCCUAUUUCAGAGAGUGAUGAGGGGUUUGAGGUGACCAUGACGGCAACAGAGAUGACAGAGGGAGAGCUACACCAGGAAGGAGUGGCCCAGAUUCAGAUAGUACAAGAUGAGGGUUCAAUGUCUCCUCAGAAAUCAGACGUGUCCCCUGUGAGUCAAGCAUGGUUCACCACGAAAGAGGAUAAGGACACGCUCGUCAACAAAGGGCACAAGUGGAAGCAGGGGAUGUGGUCAAAGGAAGAGAUUGACAUUCUGAUGAAUAACAUUGACGGUUACUUGAAGGGUCGUGGCAUCCAGGACCCGACAGAGAUCAUCUUCGAGAUGUCCAAAGACGAGCGCAAGGACUUCUACCGUAGCAUCGCCUGGGGCCUCAACCGCCCGCUCUUUGCCGUGUACCGCCGCGUACUGCGCAUGUACGACAACCGCAACCAUGUGGGCAAGUACACAGCGGACGAAAUUGACAAGCUAAAAGAGUUAAGGGGGAAGCAUGGUAAUGACUGGGCCACUAUCGGGGCAGCACUGGGCCGGAGCGCUUCAUCUGUCAAAGACCGCUGUAGACUCAUGAAGGACACCUGCAACACAGGUAAGUGGACGGAGGACGAGGAGCGACGGCUGGCGGAGGUGGUGCAUGAGCUAACAGGCACGGAGGUGGGCGAGGUGGUGACGGCGGGCGUCUCCUGGGCCUCGGUGGCCGAGCUGGUGGGCACGCGCUCAGAGAAGCAGUGCCGCUCCAAGUGGCUCAACUACCUCAACUGGAAGCAGAGCGGCGGCACCGAGUGGACCAAGGAGCACGACCUCUACCUGGUCCGCAGGAUUGCGGAGCUGGGGGCGGAGGAUGAAAACGAGAUCAACUGGGACAAGCUGGCCGGGGGCUGGAAGAGCGCCCGCUCGCCACAGUGGCUGCGCAGCAAGUGGUGGACCAUCAAGAGACAAGUGGCCAAUCACAAAGAGCUGCCUUUCCCCGUGCUCCUCAAGGGUCUUCAGGAGAUGUCUGAGACUCAGUCCUACAGUAAGGUGGUGUUGGUGGGCUCGCAGGGUGGCAGUGCCUCCCCUCCCGUCACCGCCCUCCAGAUCCCCAUGCAGAUACCAGUGCAGAUCACACACGUCGCCAAUGAGGGUAGCAGCACCACAGCUGACAGUGAGACCAUCACUCUGAACCAGGGAGCACUGCAGACAUUUGAACUAGUACCAUCGUUCCAUCUGCAGCCCACGGGCACCCCGGGCACCUAUUACAUCCAGACCACGGGAGCCAAUCAGAACUUGCCGCUGGCCCUGUCGGCCAAUCCCACGGUCACGCUGACAGCCACCGCCUCCCCCAGCUCGCCCGACCAGAUCAUCCUGCACAGCCUCACCGCUGAUGGACUGAAUGACAACGUGGCGAUGGGCCAGUCGGCGGUCAUCAUCCAGACCGUGACCUCCGACCUCUGCUCCUCCGAGCCCCUGGAGGGCGAAGAGUUAAAGGAGGCGGAGCCGUGCGAGGAAGAGGAAGAGGGCCUAAAGGCUGAGGGGGAGGAGCCAGCUGAGGGAACGCUGCAGAGUUCUACUGAAGAGGAGGCCAAGACUGAGGAGACGUUAGACUCUCAAGCGGUGGAAACGACUGCAGUGGAUUCUGGGAUGGCAGAGGGGGCGGUUCUUAUCGUCCCCUCCCCCAACAGCUUCAUCCAAUCCGGCGAUGGCAUCACUGACGCCAUGGGAACCGACGCCAUGGGGACCGACUCUGUCCUCCCUGUUGGCUCACUCACAGAUCCAAUACUACAGAAUCAGGAGGAAGGAUUAGACUGAGAUGGGAGGGGGACAACACCCCCAAUUCCACUGGCUACCUUCAGCUCUGCAGCCCUAUUUGAUGGCCAUAGACUAUUGUUUGAAUGCACUUCAUCAGAUACACAAGACGGACACUAAAAGCUACAAAAUGAUAUCACACCUGUAUCCAGACACAGACAGACAGACAGACAGACAGACAGACAGACAGACAGACAGACAGACAGACAGACAGACACACACACACACACACACACACACACACACACAGACACACAGACACACAGACACACACACACACACACUUCUCAGUCUAUCUCACAGUGUGAAGGAAGAUGCUCUUCAAAACUCUGGUCUUCAUGAUGUUCACCCAAGACCUGUGGACUGGACCUGACCUGACCCCACACACACACACACACACACACACACACACACACACACACACACACACACACACACACACACACACACACACACACACACACACACACAAUGAUCAAUCGGCUUGCCAGAAGCGGGGCAUAUCUCACAUGCAGUAGAUGCAUAUUCUUUUCUCCGGCGUCAUGUUCUCAUACAAAUACAGGCAAAGCAUUAUGGUUAGCUGGGUUUGGGCUAUUUAGGCCUACAGCUGUUUGUUUUGUUUCGUGCUCACAAAUCUAUCAGAUAUCUUUGCCUGAUUACUGUACUGUUGUACUGGUGUACAAAGGUGUUGUAGAAUUAUUUGUUGUUGUUCAUUUGUAUAUUUCAUCUGGCUUAUGUUUGUUUUAAAAGUGUUUGGGAGAAUGUGAAGACAAAAAGUGAAGCAGUGCUCUCUAAGUUUCCCUUGUGCGCGUGUGCGAGCGUGUGUACGUCCAGCUUCUCUUGGGCACGUGUGUUUGUUUAUUUAUUUAUUAAAGCUCUGUCACAGA